AUGCAGCGGGGGUGGAAGAAGUACUUCGGCCAGAAGUCCGUCAGCGAGGUGACCAUGGACGAGUACCUGGGCAGCCUGGGCCUCUACCGCAAGCUCACGGCCAAGGACGCCACCUGCCUCUUUCGGGCCAUUUCCGAGCAGUAUGUGGAAGGAUCCUUCGAAAAAUAUCUGGAACGUCUUGGGGACCCCAAGGAAAGUGCUGGACAACUAGAAAUCAAUGUCCUUUCACUGAUCUACAACCGAGACUUCAUUCUUUAUCGGCAACCUGGAAAGCCACCUUCCUAUGCUACAGAGAACGGCUUUGAAGAUAAGCCUCCAGAGAAUCCAAAGAUGCCCUUUCCUUAUAAAGUAUUGAAAGCGCUGGACCCCGAGAUAUACCGGAACAUAGAGUUUGACGUUUGGCUGGACAGCAGAAAAGAACUCCAAAAAAUGGAUUAUUUGGUGUUUGCUGGAAGACAGUACUAUUUAGGAGACAAGUGCCAGGUGCGCCUCGAGACUGGGGGUAAAUACUACAAUGCUCACAUUCAAGAUGUUGGACAGGAUAAUUUGGUAACUGUCUUCAUUGAGGAGCUGGCAGAAAAGCAUGUUGUUCCACUGAUGAAUUUGAAGCCGGUGACACAAGUGACACCAGUCCCUGCAUGGAACGUGGUCCCCAGUCGAAAAGGAGGAAACUAUCAGAAGAUUGCAGACUGGCACUCAGGAGAUCUGGAUAUGGAUAUAAAGGCACGGAAGAAACUGCUUAAGAAAGUACGUGGAAAGGAAGUCUACAUGACCCAGGGGCACGUGGGCCCUUACGAGCAUUACCACCCUCAGAAUUCCCAGCGCCCCGGCAGGGGAUACGGGCUGUCCAGGGGAUCUGCCCGGUUUAUAAACAGAAACAACAUGGUUGGCCCUGAGAUAGCAUUCUACCCUGCUGCAGGGAAGAGGUGUUAUCAGAGCUAUGAUAACUUCUCCUAUAGAUCACGUUCAUACAGCCGCAGCCGCAGACAGAUGCAGUGUGUGAAUAAGGAGUGCCAGUACGGGUUUUCCCCUGAGAAUGGAGAAGAAUCUCGCGGCUUGGAAGAAACAAUCACUUUCUAUGAAAUUGAAGAAGGGGAUGAUACAACCUUCCCCGCUUUACCCAAUCAGGGCAACCAUCCUCCGAUGGUCCCUACCCCUGCAGGAUUUUGGGUAGCCAGGAGGGGCCCGAGUCCCAUCCCACCCAGCAAGCAAGAGCUGAAUUCCUCAGAAGAAGAAGCAGAUGAGCCAAGUGAUAAUGGGGAAUACCAUGAGGAUUAUCUCUAUACCCCUUCAGGUCAGUACAGUGGUGAUAUUUUCCAUAUACACAUUCAGGAUCCAGACUGUGAAACUCCGACUGUGUUUAACACAGCAGAAUCCACUGCAAACUUGUCUUUGCAGGAUGGGGGCCCAAGCUCUGUCUCUUCUCAAGAGGGAGUUGCUUCAUACAAUUACUCCCAGAAGGUGAUGGUGAAUUCUGCAGUGAUUUCCAGCUCUUCAGGGGUGAACAGUGCCCCGGCAGCCGUCUUCUGCUCCAGCUCAACAGCUGCCCCACAAGUCAGUGUCAGCCCGUCUGUGCCCCAGAACACGAUGCAGCCCAUCUUAGUCUCCCCUCCUGUGGGAAGGCCAGGUAAACAGGUUAGGAAGGUGAUAGAGGAAGAGGAAACAAAAGAUGAGGGCAAGGAGGGGUGGGUCCAUUUGUCUGUGUCAGUCAGUGACGCAGGGGACACUGGAAGUGCCGCUCCUUCCUAUUCCUAUGAUCCUAGCGGGAGUGACCUCCCGCGAGACCCAAAGAUUUUACAGUAUUACUUUAAUUUGGGUUUACAGUUCUACCACCAGAGCUGCUGGAACCCCAUGACGUACGUGCAGCAGGCAGGGCCCUCGCCCUACAUGGAGCCUUACCAGCCGUAUGCUGAGCCCGUCCCCGCGGUGGAUCCGUCGCUCCCCCCCGCCUAUGCUGAAGUCGGGAGGCACGACAUGCGCCCGGUCCCUGUGGAUGCCACCCAGAAUGGUGCUCUCUCCGUCGCAGAGCCGCCCUCGCCUUCCCACGGAACAGUUUUUUAUCCAGUAGUCACAGACCCCUACAGCCAGCCUCCUGUGCCUGGAUACGAUGCGUGCGUUUCCUUAGUGCCUGCCUACCACUAUGUUAGCCCUUGGUAUCCAGUAAGCCCACCCUUCGGGAAUGCUGCACGGGUCCACAAUGGCAUGAACCCUGGCCCCUUCCAUCAGGUCAGCUACGUCGCUUCCUCCAGCCCUGCGCCACACUUCAUCACGCAGAGUUUGCAGGCCAAGAAGGACUGA